CAGGGCGGAAGGGGCGGAGCGCGCCCUGGUCACCUGGAGACAGUUGCCCGGGCAGCGGAGGCCGCGUCACUCCAACUUCCGGCCGAGAGAAUCAGGGGAGGAAUGGCGGCCCACCAGGAGGUGACGAUGUACGAUGAUGAAGUGAGAUCGCGCUACGGCCGGCUGGAGAAGAUGACUGACCUGGUCGCCGUGUGGGAAGUCGCUCUCAGUGAUGGCGUCCAUAAGAUUGAGUUUGAACACGGCACCACGUCGGGGAAGAGAGUGGUCUAUGUGGACGGGAAGGAGAUCAUCCGGAGGGAUUGGAUGUUUAAGUUGGUGGGGAAGGAAACGUUCGCAGUGGGAGCCGCUCAGACGAAGGCGACCAUCAACAUCGACGCCGUCAGCGGCUUCGCCUACGAAUACACGCUGGAGGUGAACGGCAAGAGUCUGAAGAAAUACAUGGAGAACCGAUCCAAGACCACCAACACCUGGGUGCUCCACCUCGACGGGGAGGACUGCCGGGUGGUGCUGGAGAAAGAUACGAUGGACGUUUGGUGUAAUGGAAAGAAGCUGGAGACAGCGGGGGAGUUUGUAGAAGACGGAACGGAGACGCACUUCAGCAUCGCCAAUCACGACUGCCGCAUCAAGGCGGUGAGCAGCGGCAAGCGGCGGGAAGGGAUCAUCCAUACACUGAUUGUAGACGAUUGUGAAAUCCCGGAGAGCGUGGAGUAACAUCUCCGGAUUCUGAUCAGGGACUGAUAGUCGUCAUGUUUAACCCUUUCCCUGCAAGUCACGGACUGUAGUGCCCCCUGGAGGGUGUAGCUGGUUAGUGCCGCUCCUUUUAUAUGGGUGUGUGAACCCUGUGAUGGGGGGGAGGGGCUGACCAAUCACAGAGCUGUACAGAGGUCACAUGGAAUGACCCCUCCAGGCCUAUUUAUAAAGAUCGAACGCUCCAUUUGUGUUUUCAUCCAAAUAUUGUACAUUUAUGUUUUAUUUAUAAAGUUGCUCUGGACUGUACAAUACAUUUUUACAGGAUUCUCCUCAAUUUUCUAAACUUUAUGCUGCUUUUUUUUUUUCUUCUAU